AUGGAGGUUGAGUACUUCGGCGAUGAUGAGAGAGACCAGGGCAUGCAUGAUGCUGCCUCCAUGUCCGACCAGUUUGAACUCGAGCUUGAGACUGAGGACCAGCAGUAUGGAACUCUCAAGUUCAUGGAGUACACCGACAUGGCCAGCGAGAACCCGUACCACGCAGCCCCCGAAUUCAUGGAGUGCCACAACACGUUCAACGAGAACCUGUUCUGCCACUCUCUCUUCGGCGAACCUGGUCCUGCACUGAGCGAUGACGCCUAUGGCCAACACUCUGCCGAGGUGUCACCUCACGCUCCUAACAUGUUCCCCGAUCUAUCGCCGAAGUCCCUGGGAAGAGAUAUCGAGUCCUGCUUCCCAUCCACUGAGGCCCACCUGCCGUUGAUGCCGGACAGCAGGAAUAUGCGACCCAAGUCUGACGUUACUCACCGUCAACCUCCGGAACCAUGCGAUGAGUCCUCUCUCCUUGAGAGUCAGAUCAUCUCAUUCCUCCAAAGCAAGUGCGGCCGCAGUCUGAAUCAGCCUGCUGAGCACGUCGAGAAUACCCUCAACAUCGACACUCUAAACAUUGGCUCCGACUCUGGUUCGGACUCGGAUUCGUCCAAGCUUCACCCUGAACCCCACAAGCAGAAGAUCCUUUGGGGAGAGACCGGACUACUUGGAAUUGAACAAGGAAUUCCAACCCCGAAAAGCGCACAAAGCAAGUCUGGUUUGAUCCGGGACCUGGGUAAGAGACUGAAGAACCAGCUUGCGGAGAUUGUCGAGGAAUCCAACAAGAGCAUCAAGAUCAAGCACUCCCCAGCGUCGUCCCCUGUUUUUCCAGGUAGCUCGCACGCAUCUCCCAUCACCUCUCUCGACUCCGUCACUCAGGCCAAGCUCUACUCGGAACUGGAGGUCAUGAUUUGCAACACUGCGAACGAUUUCAUUCUCCGGCAAUACUAUGAUGGACGUGUCUCUCAGCACUCUAUCGACAAAGUCAACGCCUUCUGGGCCUCUAAGAAUCGUCCCCGCGUCACAGAGUUUCGCUUUGACCAAGCCACCCAGCGAGAGUUGAUACAAGCCAAUCGCCGCAGCAUGGAAUUCACCGAUGAGUCCGUCAGAUACCCAAUUCGUGUUCAGUGCAACUUGCAUAACUGGAAGGUCAUCGCCCAGGAGAUGAGCAUCCGCACGUUCUGCUUGCCAGACAGCGCAAUCCGUAAGCACCUCUAUGACCUCCGCCUGAUUAUCAACAUGAUGAACCCUUCGUUUGCCACUCUUCGCUCCCUCCAUGAUCUCACCUUUUGGGCCCAGGACCAGAUGCUGGACAAGCUAGACACCGUCCGUCGUCAGAGCGAAGCCCGCAGCAAAAUGAGCUCCUGA